AUGUCAGACCAACACUACAUUGACCAUCAACAAGACGGAUAUAGAGACCCCGUUUCCCAAAGGUGUUCUCCGGUGCCCCAGGCCCUCACAAACAACUACCCAGACCUUAACAACAGCCCUCCCUUCAACGUUACUCAAAACGAGCCACAUCAUCUCUUGACCCCGCCAUCCGGCAUCAGCUCGCCGCCUUCCAUCCAUCAAAACGUCAAGAUCAUGCACCACCCCGCCACAACAGCAACCAUGUAUCACUCCAGUCCGCCCGCAAACAACAGGAUGUGCUGGACCAACCAUUACGAUCUAAGUGCUCAGCACAGCCAAGCUGCUUCUCCGAUGCCCAUGAACAUGCACCCAGAGGGCCAUUUUGAACAGAACUACCUUCAUGCCGAGCCGCAGAUCAAAGAUGAAAUCCCCGAGCCUCCUCCAGGGUACCCCGAUUUCGGCUCUUUUGGUGUUUCCGGACAGCCAGACUCGGAUCAUGGCUCUUUGUCUCCUCAGCUGCAAUCGAACUUCUACCCCAUUCCCCAAGACGGCGUUAUGUUCGAGUCGCAUCCACUGAUGAACGGAGCGGACUUGACCAUGCCCCACCAGUCUCCCUACCCCUCUGCCCACCAAUUUCCCAUCAACGCACAGCACACCGCAUACCCAUCACAACACAAUUUCCAAGACAGAGACGACAUAAUGAGACGACCGAGCUACGGUGGGCUUCCUUACCCCAGCCAACAGAUAGAGCGCCCAGUUGCUAGCCCUCGGCUGCAACCGAGACAGCAAACUCAAACACAAACGCCAAUGCCAACAGAAAGGGAAGAAGAUCCACAAACAAAACCCCGUGUAAGGAGGCUGGCUCGUAUGAGGAAUCGUGACGACGAAGACGACGCCCCUAAGCCCGUAGUACAACUACCCAACCAGUCGCCUUCAAGCUCGUCUGUAGAGGACGAGCCAGCCACGCUCAUUUUCAAACCCAGCUGCCCCGACCAAGAACGGUGGCUCUUUCAGAGACGUGCUGAACUGGAGGAUCAAAAGGGAACUGGCAUCUGGGCAACGAUCACAGCCGAAUACAACCAGAAGUACAAUGCGACUUCUGAUAUCCCGCGUCUGCAGAUGGUUUGCAGCAGAGGAAGGGCUCCGUACCUCGCAUGGCACCCGACAGAUGACGACAAGCUUCGACGAGCCAUCCUCUUUGACGAGCAGCAGCAGAUGCAGAGGGUUUUCGCCAAGUUCAAGGAACUCGGUGGCGGCGCAUACGCCCACUGGGGCCGUAACGAUCUCGAGCUUCGCAUGGUGGAGCUAGGCUGGGCAGACGUCCACGUUGAACCCUCGCCGUUGGACUCCAGCGUCAGCGUCCGGAGGCGCAGGAAGCUCAACCGCCGCCAGUCUACGGCCCACGAUGCACAGUCUAGGUUGAACAUGACCGAAGAGGACCAGGCGCAAGUGAUGGAAGAGAUCGUCGCACACAGGGGCAUCAAGCCUGAGGAUGAGGAUGCUGAGGUGACCCUCCACGAGAUGCAGAGAAUGCGUCUCCAGCACCCCAAGAACGCCCGUGUGACGAAGCAAGAGACACAGGAGAGCCUCAUCGCAAGCGGUGGACGUGUGGCAAAGAUCGCAAAGUCUUCAGCGGCAAAGGCCAAAAGCAGGAGUCGCGUGCAGAGAUCAAAAGCUGCAUAA